AUCAAAUUUUUGUAAACUAUUACAAUUGCUUAAACUAAUAAUUAUUAGAGAAGCAUGACUUUUAUUAAAACAUUAUUACUAUUACAACAUCAAGCCGCCAGAAGGUGCGCUUAUCAAUACUUCAAUCAAUCAGCAGCUAUAAGCAACAACAACAAAUCCCUCAAAUUACUUAGAGAUAAUGAGGCAAAUAAAAGAGAAACGCCUAAUAAGAGCACAACUCGACACGGUUGCAGAUACUACUCGAUAACAGAACAAUUUGAAACUUGUAGGGAGCAAAAGAAGCCUACAUUCCAACAGGUAGUUACUAAGAAGAAAAGAAUGCCAAAACUUAGCGAAGACCAGCGUAAGGAACUUUUGCAGCCAUUACUCAAUGCCGGCUGGAGCUUGGUGAAUGGCCGUGACGCCAUCUACAAAGAAUAUGUAUUCCGCAAUUUCAAUCAAGCUUUCAGUUUUAUGUCUGGUGUUGCUUUAUUAGCCGAAAAAAUGGAUCAUCAUCCAGAAUGGUUUAAUGUCUAUAAUAAAGUUCAAGUCACCAUGUCCAGCCAUGAUGUAGCUGGUCUUAGCGAACGCGAUAUACGAAUGGCUAAGUACAUGGAAGAGCAAGCUAAGCGUUUUGCUUAAAUGUUUUCUUAUUUAUUUUAAUAUGCAAAGAGUUUAUGUUGAAUAAAU